UGCACGUUCACUUGCAAGUCUUUUGUUGCAACUGUAGAGUUUAACUUCCCCAACUCCCUCUUUGCCCCACCAUCUCCUCUUUUUUCUUUCUAUAAAUAUCAAUGCAAAGUUCUUUCUUCAUCUUCAAUGGAGAAUUCAAUGAGCUCUUCCUCCAUGAACAGAGCUCUGUUUUCUAAAGAAGCCAAGAGUUCAGAGGAGAGUGGAUGGACGUGGUACUUUGAAGAGGAUUUCAUGGAGAAAAGAGAAGAGGAUGAUGGAAACUCUUCAGCUAGUUUCUGUUUAUCUUCUUCAAUGGUCUCUGAUGCUGCUUCUUAUGCUGCAUGGAAAUCUUCAGUUCCUGUUGAUGGUGUUUGUCAGAGUUUGAGCUUCAAGAAGAGAAAAACUAUAGUGAAUUUGGAUGAUGAUUCUUUAGAAGAUACUGCUAGUUCUCCUGCUAAUAGUCCUAAGCAGGUUAGUGAGUUGAGCCAAAGAAGGAAUGAUGACAAGAAGGAUGAUGUUUCAGAGGAGAAGCAUGAUGUGAAUGGAUUGGAUUUCAUUGAGAGCACAAAUGAAUAUACAGAGUUGCAGAAAAGAGGACUUUGUUUGGUUCCUUUGUCCAUGUUUCUGAAUUACAUUUGAUGAUGCAUUUCACUGAUUUAGAAGUUGAAUGAAUAUCUGCAGAAAAAAAAAAAUUGUAUGAUUAUUUUCUUUGCAUGUCAAAGCUACAAAUGUAUUUAUGCUGU